GCAGGGGACGCGAAUCGGCUAGUGACAGGGUCGGUGUCUUGGUUACUUCCGGAUUCCCUGUGAAGCAGAGGGGCUGAAAAUGUUACUGCAGCGGCACGGGGUCGGGAGCUGACGAUAGCAUACGGGACAGCAGCACAUACACACACACACACACACACACACCGGCACCUGAGCAAACACUUCACAGUAGUUUUGUCACUUAUCGUUAAUCCGGUUUGUUAUGUUCUAACAGGGGCGAUAAGUCCAUGCAGCCUGAUUCUCAUCUCCUCCGCCUUCACAUCUCUCCCUCGGGUUCGUGUGAUCGUGCUCUGAAUUUACACAGUGACAUUUUACAAGUGUUGGAGGCAGUAAAGACGAGUGCACACUCACCCGGGUGAACUGAGUUGUCCUGUAGGAUAAAGCGAGGCUUAAAGAAACAUCUCCAUCUGUGGCAUCAGCAGCAACAUGGACUGGCUAAUGGGGAAGUCUAAAACGAAGCCUAAUGGAAAGAAACCUCCUGCCGAGGAGAAGAAGCACUAUCUGGAUCCAGAGUACACUAAAGCCCGGGUGGUGGAAUUUGACCUCAAAGACCUGGUGGUUCUGCCCAGAGAAAUAGACCUUAACGAAUGGCUGGCCAGCAACACAACAACAUUCUUCAAUCUCAUCAACCUGCAGUAUAGCACAAUCUCUGAGUUUUGCACUGGUGACACAUGUCAAGCCAUGACGGCAUGUAACACAAUAUACUACUGGUAUGAUGAGAAGGGUAAGAAGAGCAAGUGUACAGCACCUCAGUAUGUCGACUUCGUCAUGAGUCUAGCACAGAAACUUGUCACAGAUGAAGAAAUCUUCCCAACAAAAUAUGGUAAAGAGUUCCCCAACUCGUUUGAGUCUCUGGUAAAGAAAAUCUGCCGGUACCUGUUCCAUGUGCUGGCACACAUCUACUGGGCGCACUUUAAGGAGACGGUAGCCUUAGAUCUACAUGGACACUUAAACACGUUAUAUGCACAUUUCAUCGUCUUUGUGAGGGAAUUCAGUCUGGUCGACCCCAAGGAGAUGUGCAUCAUGGAUGACCUGUCUGAGGUGUUGUGCACCCCCCUGCCCUCCUCCCCCCAACAGAACCAUGUGACUGAGAGAUGAGCCACAGCCACUGAGCCCAAGAGUGUGGAAGAGGAGGAUGAAUUGAGAAUGAAGGCCCUCAGGAGGGCCGGGCUGCUCACAGGACUCACACACCCUUUGAUGCGUGACUAUUUAACCACCAUAAGAACUGGUCAAAGGGGGAAAGAGGGGAUGGCGGUGCCUCCGUUCAGCACGCACUAGUGGGGGAAAAUAGCCCCACCUACCUUCUUUGCAGUCUAAAAACAAUUUUUUUUUUUAAUUUUAAUUUUAAUUUUUUAAAAAAAAUGUUUUUUUUGCUUUUAUGUUUUUCACUUUAUUUGUAUUUAUUUCUGCUCACAUUCUUGGAGGAUGUGGUGUUUUACAGGGAGUUUUAUUUUGGCCCUUACUGUCUAAUACAUGAGACUAAAGCGUAGUCACCUGAUAUUGGACUGUUGUAACGAAAUGUCUUGUACCUUAGUGCCCCCAUGUGGAGAGAGAAUUUCUAAAAAGGUGCCAGCCGUCUUCUAUGGACUUCUAGUGCUUUUUGACCGGGACCUGGCUCCAUGUUGUGACCAGUUUUCUAUUCAUGUGCACCUCCCUGUAUCCUUCUUCUCUUCUGUGCUCCUACUCUGAGUUCCUCUUGUACUUAGUUCCUUUUUUGAGAGGUCAUGCAAUAAUUAAACAGCAGAAAUGAAUGUCCAGCUUGAUGCUGUAGAAUGUUGCUAUUGGUGAGACUGUUGAUGUGCAUGUAGAUCGUACAGGCUUGCACAGAAAAUCUCAACAGAGUUCACCAUUAUGGAAGCAAUCACUAUGCUGUAUCAUACUGAGGAUGCAUCCUCCAGGGUUUUUUUAAAUCUUUUUUAUGCUAUCAGAGGUCAUUAAAAUUAUAUCAGCCUACACGUGUGUAGCACAUGCACAUUCUGCUUGCAUUUUUAUUAAAAUAGAUUCUAACUAUAUAAAGAAAUCACAGGUGGGUUAUGUCAAAAUAGCGCCUCCAGGGAGGGGGAUUUGAUUCCCUUCAUUUUAUUUAUUUUGACUGUUUAUUUGCAGGGUUCAUAAGUUCUGGCUUUCCUUUUAUGUAUUUUAAUGAUCUAAGUUAAAACAAUUUAUUAUUUUAAGCUCUGCAAAUUAUAAUCUAAUAAAACAUGAAAAUGCCAACCUGA